AUGGAGGUGUUCCUGCGAAAUUUACCCCCUCAUCUGACUCACGGUGCACUCCAUGAACAACUCAAGCAAUCCCUGGGCCCGCUCAAUAUCACGGACUACAUGGUCGAAAAGCAGAGGGGCAAGAAAACGGGGAACAUCACAUUUCUCCGCGAAGCCCAUGGCACGGCAUUCCUCCAGCGUCAUGGGGAGGAACCAAUUCACCAACCCCGCGGGCCCCGAAGCCGACAUCCGCCUACUCGAGCACGUCUUUCGCUUAUGGGUCGAGAUGUCUUCUGCAAGCUCAGUAACAAAAAGCCCCACGAGCUCACUCUAAGAACCAUCGAGCAUGAGGCUAGCCAGCGAAACCACGAAGCCCCUGCAGAGCCGCCAACCAAGACACUCGAAGCCACUGAGUUGAACUGUGGAUACCAUACCCUGAACGAUGGGAAGUUGACUUUCACACCCGAAUGGACGACCCUUGAACGUUGUCUCGUCAAGUUUGCCAAACGGGCCCUCACCAUCACCUUGACCAUGCGGGACGUCCAGCUUCGCAUCCCGUUCCAGAGCAUCGUCGAGCUCGUCUGGUGGCACAAUGGCAGCCUUGCCCUGACGCUCUCCUGGGCACCAACUAUCUUGGCUACGCGGCUCCCAGAUGGCGAGCUCACCAACACCCUCUCAUCGCUCACCCUUAGCCCGGGGAGCUCUCAGAAGCGCGCCGACCAACGCUACAGGCUCCCAGCCAUCGAUCCGGACCAUGGCCGCAUAUCCCCAUACUGCCUGGUUUAUCAUUUCCAAGUGCUCAACGCCAUAACGAGACACACCAACAGCGACUUUCAAAACGAGAUGCUCAGGCUCACGCGCCAAGAGCUGUUCCACGUAACACGCUCCGAGUUUUCCUUCCACCGCCCAAUUGCCGUACGGUUCAGCGACGCGAUGACUAGCCUACGAAGCCAGCUCGCCGAGCAGAACACCACAGGCACGCUGCCUUUUGGUUUACUGUUUCUUCUUCAAGCAUUGAUGGCAAACAGCUAUCUCCACCCCACUACUAUAUCCGCUCUGGCCCAAAAGUUAGCACAGCGCUUCGAAAAAGCCAGAAAAGUCGGGGACACCCAGCCGCCAGUGUCAGUCGACGCGUUCAAGAAGCUGUUUAAUUGGAUCGACUACCCCAUGCCUGAUGGCGACCCAACCAUGUUUGAAGUUGACGGCAUCUUGGAGUAUUUGGAAAAGGAGGAGAGACUCAUUCGUGAAAGCUCUGCGCACAGAUCGAGAAUGAGAGAGACGCAGAACAGAGCUCUCAUCUUCAGAGCCGUUGUGACCCCCUCGCGUAUCACACUCCAUGGCCCGGAACCUGAGCCCAUGAAUCGUGUCCUCCGGAAAUAUCCAGACCACUCGUACUUCAUCAGAACGCAGUUUUGCGACGAGAACGGCCAAGACCUCUUUUUCAACGCCAGAGUAUCCCUCGAUUCCAUUUACGAUAGGUUCAAGUCCGUCUUAUCCAACGGCAUCCAAGUGGCUGGCAGGGUCUAUAAGCUCCUGGGCUUUUCUCACUCAUCACUUCGUGCCCACUCGGCAUGGCUUUCUGCACCUUUCUUCCAUCAAGGUCAAGUGCAGAUACCCACCCUUAUUGUCACGGGCCUCGGAAACUUCGACAAGAUCAAAUCUCCCGCCCGCCGUGCUGCCCGCAUCGGUCAAGCCUUUUCGGAGACCCCCUGGGCUAUUGACCUCGUCGCCCACUCGGUCGAGGUUUGGGAAAUCGACGACAUCGUGCGCAACGAGGAAGUUUUCAGCGACGGCGUUGGCAAGCUCUCGCAAGACGUUGCUCGAUUGGUGUACGAUGUCAUCCCCCGAUCAAAAGGUUUCCCAACUUGCUUCCAAAUCAGACAGGCUGGAGCAAAGGGAAUGCUAGCCAUUGAUCCGGGACUUGGGGGGAAGGUGAUAUGCAUCCGUCCUUCCAUGUCAAAGUUUGAUAGCACCGACAAGCAGCUUGAGAUUUGUGAUAUGGCGUCCAACCCGAUGCCCAUGGUUUUGAACCGCCAGCUCAUCAAAAUCCUCGAAGACAUGGGGGCGCCUAACCAGUGGUUUCUUAACCUACAAAGCCGCGAAUUACAAAGGCUCCGUACGAUUUCUUCCACGGUAUACAACACCGCUAGCUUUCUCAGGGCGCAAAGAAUUGGAGAAAGCAUCCGGCUACACAAAUUCCUCCGCCAAAUAGAGACCAUGGGUCUCGACUACAGGAGAGACGAUUUUCUCCGCGGUGCAGUCGAAGCCGUUCUGCUCAGUGAGCUGCGCCUUCUUAAGCACAAAGCUCGCAUCCCCGUCCGAAACGGCAUGACCCUUUUUGGCAUCAUGGAUGAAACGGGGUUUCUAAAAGAAGGUGAAGUCUACGUGACGUUCGACCCCGAAGAGGACCGCCAUUCUCAGCCUCCCGGGCCGGGACGCGUGCUUUCCAGCAGCGCAAUUGCAUCGUCUUCAGCAAGUGGGGGCGAGAGGAGCCCUUCUAACCAGCUCAGCGGAGGCGACUUGGACGGCGAUGUCUUCCAUAUCAUCUGGGAUCCCGCCGUGGUUAACGCCGUGAGAACGUUCAAGCCUGCUGCUUACCCGCGGGUUCAACCCCUGGAGCUGGACAGACCAGUAACACCAGAGGAUAUAGCUGCCUUCUUUGUCGAUUUCAUGAGAACCGACCACCUUGGGGUCAUCGCCACCCGACACAUGAUACUUGCGGACCAAAGGGAGAAAGGAACGCUGGACGGGGAUUGCAAGAAACUUGCCGAGUUGCAUUCUGCCGCGAUCACAAUCCAUGACAAGUCAGCCAUUGAUAUGGAGGAGCAUUUUGCUCCACGGGGCGAUGACGAUGACGACGACGACUCCGGUCCGCGCCAUCAGUAUUAUAGGUCGGAUAAAAUAUUGGGGCAACUCUACCGAGCUGUCGAGGAACAAAAGAUCUGGGCCGAGGACAUCAAGAGGAUAGUUCAACCCGGUAAUCUGCCGUUCUGGAGUGAGUUGCUCGCCUGCCUCAAAUCACGAGUGGCUAGAAUCGGCCCUGUAGAAUGGAGUCAUAGGUCAGAUGAAGCACACAGGAUACUUCGCGCUUACGAAGACGCCGUUUACGGACUCACGAUAGACUGCGCGGAUCAGCCGUACCAGCCUUUGAGGGAGCUAGAAGUGUUCGUUGGAUUCAUUCUCAAUAAAAGUGGCGAUCAGACACACCGCCAACGAGAUCGUUCCGUCAAGCUAAAGGACGGCUUCGACAAGAUCGCAGCGUGGAUAACGCGAGAGAUGCGCAAACCGACUUCGAUCAGCGGCUACACCAGCGAGUUGGACGCACUCGAACUGUGCCUGGCCUGCCUUACUAUUGGCUGCGAGAAGACAUACAGACAGCUGCGGCCCGGGCACCGCAGGUCCGCUCAAGAUAUCGAGAGUUUCAAGAUUGUAGCAGCGUCGGCAUUGACGCGCGAGCUUGCCACUCUUGAGAAAGGCAAGGGUGGUCAGGCGUACACAUAUGGUGGCGGCGGUUCUGUUGGGGUUGCUGGCGGUAGGGUCGGAAGACACUGA